AAGUGUCAGAGAGUGCAAGUCUUUGCAUUUCACAAUUAUUUGUUAAAUUUGUAAAUAAAAUAUUUGUUACUAUUUUUUUGGUAGGAUGUUAAAGGAAUUGAUUGUGGGAGAUACAACUUUUUUCUUUGAGUGUACAGUGAAUGGCGAUGUAAUAGAGUAUUUGUUAUAUGAUUCCGGUGAAAAUUGGGUAGCAUCGAAAACGAAAGAGGAAGUGGCGCAGACGUUGCAGCAUCUGAAUAAGCGCAUAAAAUUUGAUGUGGCCACUGCUUACGAUACUUUGCAAAAUACGGAACCGGAAUCGGCAAACUGGGCAGAGAACGACGUUGAAACGAACCAAGUGGAUGUGCAUGGUGCAUGUGAACGUAUUUUGGAACUAAAAUAUCGCGUUAAAGGUUGUCGAUUGAAUUUUGAGUGGCGCUUAAAGCGCCAAGAUAACACUCUUACUAUUCCGCUACCCGUUCAUCAAGUUGCCAGUGUAGUUAAUAAUUUGCCGGCGCAAAUUGAAGAGCUACUGGAUGUGUUGCGGCGCAAAGAGGACGAAAUAAAGCAGUAUCGCACCGAAUAUGGAAGUUUGCGCAGAUCCACCGUUGCAACAAAUGCCUUUCAUGUGGAUAAGUUUCGUGAACGAUAUGCUGAAACUGAUAACAAUGCAAAGAUUUUGCAAAAAAUUAUAGCACAUUGGCAAGCGAAACAUGGGGAAACAGAGUCAACUAACGAGGCAAAAACUUCAAUAAGUAACAAUUGCAGUCCAACGAAUAGAGUUAAAAUAGAAGAUGAUGCGGAUAAGAGUUCACCAAGUGGGCGCAAAAAUGAUCGCGAAAGUCCACGCAAUAGAAAACGCAAAGCAAAGCAAAUGCAAAAAGCGCGAAUGACAUGCACACUUCAAUCACGCAGACAAAAAAUGGAAUACGAAAGUCAAAGUCAAUCGUUAAGCGAAAGUGAGCAGCCACAAGGAACCGAUGAAGUGAUACCAAAAGUGCCGGAAAAUGUUAUUAACAGUGAUAAUUGCGCAGAUGACGCACGAAAUAACGAACAGAAAGCUGAGAAAUAUGGUCAAACCAACAUCAGAUCGCCAACCGAAAAGCCAACAAGCAAUGCCGCGAAAACAGUGCCAAGUCCCAUUAAUAAUAGCGCAAGUGAGACUGCAAAGGAGGUAGCAAGUAAAAACCACAAUUUGUCACCGCGUGUUGUCGAAAGGCCGAAUACCCGCCAAAGACGUCGCGAAUGUGCAAUGCAUGAGAAUAAUUCAAUUGAGUUGAAGGUGAUUGAAAACGCUGGACAAAGUGAGGUCUACACGGUGGAUGAGUGUACGGAGCCAGUAAAAAUUAGUGGUGUUACAAGUGUUGUUCCCGAUAAGGCUUCGAAAAGUAAAUAUUUAGCUAAUUCACAAAAAAUAUCAGCAUCACAGUUAGUGCACAAAAAGGAGUACAUUAAUAAUGAUAUAAGCGCUUACGUGGACUCGGUGCUUAGUAAACUGGAUGCAUUGAUAAGGAAUUAGUAAACUGCUACAAUAAUAACAAUAACAACAAUAACAACAACAACAUGAAGAAUUGAAUGCGCAAUUCAAAGGUGCUGGCAUCGAAGGCCAGCGCUACAAACUCACUUGCAAUAAAAGUAGCUCAACCCCUUGCCUUACGAUUAAAUCUCGAAGAAUAGUACGUGUGCAGACAAUUAAAUUUGGCGCAAUUCUAUGAGUGAUUUAUCAAAAAAAAAAUAAUAAUAAUAACAACAAUAACAAUAACAACAACAACAUGAAGAAUUGAAUGCCCAAUUCAAAGGUGCUGGCAUCGAAGGCCAGCGCUACAAACUCACUUGCAAUAAAAGUAGCUCAACCCCUUGCCUUACGAUUAAAUCUCGAAGAAUAGUACGUGUGCAGACAAUUAAAUUUAGCGCAAUUCUAUGAGUGAUUUAUCAAAAAAAAAAAACUUAAAACCGUUAUCUAUAUCAGGGCUUCUUAAACUGUGGGUUGCGACCUCCAGGGGGUCGCGAGACUACUGAAAGGGGGAAGGAAUUAAUUUUUUAAACUUAAAAGCACAAGAAGAAUUUGCCAAAUUAACAAGUGGUACUACCUUGCGACUCAGAUUUUCUCAAGUGCCUGUGCAUGAAUUUUGGAUAGAAAUCAAAUCAGAAUAUCCCCUACUAUCGGAAAUGGCAAUGAACAAAUUACUGUCAUUUUGUACAACAUAUUUAUGUGAAUCAGCCUUUUCCACAUUAACUUACAUAAAAUCAAAAUACCGUGCAGCUUUAAUAAACCUUGAAAAUUUAUUACGAUCUGCACUAUCUCAAAUUGAGCCUAGAUUUAAUUAUUUGUGUAAAAAUAAACAAUCACAUCCGUCACAUUAAUAUUGUUUGAUCUUAAUAAUAUGUUUUUAUUAAAAAAAUUGUUACAAAAGUUUAUUUUUUCUAUUGAAUAUAUAGAUAUAUAGUUUUAUGCCAUUCUAUUUAUUGUGUUUUAUUACGACCGAUAUCCCGUCAACGUUUCCAAUUAUAUAUAUGUGAAAUGAAUGGGUACAUAUUCUUUAAUCCCUAUUUUAUUUACAUUGUAAAAUAGUGCGGUAUUACAUCUACAUCUACGGUUAAUAUAUAUUUCAUUAUAUGGAGGAGGGGGUCGUUUAAAAUUUCCUAAGCUUGAAGGGGGUCGCUAUACAAAAAAGUUUAAGAAGCCCUGAUCUAUAUUAAAGUCAGUUUAGCUAGAAUAUAAAAAAAAGACCAUGUGCAGCAAUAAUAAUAUUUUUAUUUUACAAGUUGAAAGAAAUCCAUAUGAUUCUAAACGUUAAAAUAUUCUGCGGGUGACGCCAGUCAAUUUGGAAUUUAGUGUAGAAAAUCUUGACGGGCGAGGCCCGUCAUUUCCACUCAAGGGGUUGAAAUGCUAAAUUACUGUUGCGAAAUUGUUGUAUAUGUGUGUGUGUUUUUUAGAAUUCUAGAAUAUGUAAAUGUUAAAGUUUGUAUUUGUCGCAAUUUAUAAUCGAAACAUAGUUUUUGUAAUAUAUCUUAUUAUUUUAUCAAAUAUGUACAAACAAAUUUAACCCUUUUUGUAUUUUGUAAUAAAUGAAAUUUAGUUUCAGUCGAAAAUUAAAUUGA